ACCAAUAACCAUGUGCACCAGGCAACAUCAAACAGUCUGUCAUCAGUACUAGCAAAAAGCAAUUUUGCGGUGAGCCACAGUUCCCUGAUUAACAAAAAUCUGAACAGGAAAGAAUCGCUAAAGGAGAUUUUACAGGAUAUUUCCAUACAAAAGGACUGCUUUUCACAUUCAUUGAAUGGGGUUUCUAAACUCAAAGACUCCCUCCUAACUAACUGUGAUCAAGUACAACAGUCAACAGAAGAUUGGCCAGAUUGGAGUGAAUCAGAAGGGAACACAAGCGAGAAGAUCCCCAGUGUACAUGAUAUUACAGAAACUAAUGACAGAUCAGAAUUGGAGCAAUGGAUUGAUUUUAGCUUGCCCUGUGAUAGUUCAAGAACUGUGACAAUUCCUGUUGACAAGUUUGUUCAUCUGUCUUCUGUAAACCCUGUUUCUGAACUGGACAAGAGUACUAAUAGCUGGAGUUCACAUACUGUGAAACAGAAAAAGGAAUCUAAGACAGAUCCUGUCCCAGAACAGGUCCCAAAAAAUAGGUUUGAGUCUGGAUACAGUUUGGGAGAUGAAUUCACGAUAAAAGUCAAGAGCAAAAGCAAAGACCCAGAACUAGAUUGGUUUGCAGAUAUGACACCGGAAAUAAACAUUUCUUCUGCCUUUUCUGCUUCUGGAUACCAUGAAUUUGAAAAUAAAACACAGACUGAUGUUAUAACAGAUUCAGAACAAACUGCUACAUUUUCAUCCAAAUUUGCUGCUGCUGAAAAUACAGAGAUGGAAGCAGAAGGCUGGGGUGAAGAGAAUGACUUCAGCUGGGAGGAAGAUGCCAAUAAUGUGUGA